AUGGGCGCAGGUGACCACUUAGCACAUACAGUGACCCUGCGUCCCAUAUAUCAGCCUCACGGAUACGGUCGCUGGCGCUUCCCGGCUUACCUCCUGGAUUGUUCCGAUGUUAUGAAUGACAUUCGUGGCAAAGUUCAGCAAGUUCUGAAAGAUCAAAAUGCUGCAUCAAACCCAGGCAAAGUCUGUGAACAGUGGAAGCGGUCUAUGAGGAGACAGAUACAGGCUCUACAACGUAAGCUACGAAAGCAAAAUGACACUGUGCUUAAGAUCGCACAACAAAUUGCAACAAGAUUCCGCAUCAAUUGA